AUGGCCAAGGAAAAGAGCUACAACCCCGUGGCCGCCCAGCGCAAGGCUGACAAGGCCAAGGCCAUAAAAAAAGGCAAAUCGGAGGCUCAGGAGCGACGAAACGAACGACUCGCGCGAAAGAACCCAGACCAAGUACAAAAGCAAAUCGAUGACUUGAAAAAGAUUACAGAGGGAGGCGGCAAGCUCAGCCGGCACGAGGAGCAAGUGCUGGACGGGCUGGAAAAAGAGCUGAAGGCUGUGAAAAAAGCCAGAGAGGCCCUCGGAGACAAGGCGCCCACCUUUGGACGCGGAUGGACUCGAGAUGACGACGCCAGACGCGGCGGCGUGCUGGGCAAGCGCAGGCGCGGCUCCCAGGGCGCUUCCAGCAGCGACGAAGACGUGCCAGACGACGUGAAACGCAUACCCAUGCCUCGCGAUACACCGCCGCCUAUAUCCAAGGAUGUAUUGGACGCGUGGUACGCUAAGCGACGCGCACAGCGAAGUGCCGAGCAGGCGGCACGGUCUGGCGGCGCAAGCCAGGCAGACGACAAGGGCGAAGCCAGCAAGGAAAAGCCCGUUAUCGAGGCUCGGACGGUGUACGAGGCGGCGCCCGUCACGCGCAAUCUACAAAAAGAAGCAGUGUCUGCAUUUGUGCCGUCCGCGGUGCGGUCGAAGCUGAACAAGGGAUCCGGCCAAGGCGGGUUGAUGGAGCCUGAAGAGGCUGAUGCUCUGGAGAAGCAAGGCUACCUCGCGACGACAGCAAAUCAAAAUCAAGCACAAGCAGAAGACGAACCAGCGCCACGAAAAGUCACCGUAGAGGACGUGGAGGAUGAUGAGGAAUGA